AUUGGUGGCGGGACGACCCGCAGCUGAAGGUGGUAACCUCGGCUCCGGAGCGCAGCGCUCAGUGCACCGAGCUCCACCCGACGCACGCGCCAUGCCCCGCUUCACCGUCCACAUCCGAGACGAGUGGCUGGCGGUGCCCUGCCGGGACACGUCCAACACCAUCCAGUGGCUCGGCCAGGAAGCGCUGAGGCGCUACAUCAAGAACAAACCGGACAACGGAGGCAUCAAGUCUGUGAAGGAGACGCGCUUCCUCGUGCGCAGGUGCCAGGGUUUGUGCUUGUUGGACGCGGAUGACACCAUCGAGGAUGUGCUGGAUGAUAAUGACUUUGUCGAGCUCGCUAUCGACGGAGACACCAUGUCUUCUGACUUCAUCCCAUGUGAGCCUGGAGUCUCUCACCUAACAGCUGCCUACAAGGAACCUGAAGCAUUCAUUUGCCUGGAUGGCAACAGCCUGACAUCCACAGAUCUGGUUGACCUAGGAAGAGGACUCUAUAAGAUAAAACUGACUUCGGAGGCAGAGAGAAAAGUUGUGCAAUCGCGGGAACUUUUGGACACAAUUGUCAAAGAAAACAAAGUUGUCUAUGGAAUCACCACAGGUUUUGGUAAAUUUGCGCGAACUGUCAUUCCUGUCAGCAAGCUCAAAGAGCUCCAAGAAAACUUGGUGCGGUCACACUCUGCAGGUUUGGGAAACCCGCUGAGCCCUGAGAGGACCCGCAUGCUGCUCGCUCUGAGGAUCAACGUCUUGGCCAAAGGACACAGUGGAGUUUCUCUGGAAACCCUUCAUGCCAUGAUACAAGCCUUCAACUCGUCCUGCCUCUCCUUUGUUCCAGAGAAGGGAACGGUGGGUGCCAGUGGGGACCUGGCACCCCUCUCACACCUGGCCCUGGGGCUGAUGGGAGAAGGUAAAAUGUGGUCCCCAAAGAGCGGAUGGGCAGACGCCAAAUACGUCCUGGAGGCCCAUGGGCUGAAGCCAGUAUCACUCAAACCCAAAGAGGGUCUCGCUUUGAUCAACGGGACGCAGAUGAUCACCUCUUUAGGAGCAGAGGCGGUGGAACGAGCCCAGGCGAUCGCCAACCAGGCGGAUAUUAUCGCUGCUCUCACCCUGGAGGUGCUGAAGGGGACCACGAAGGCUUUCGACAGCGACAUCCACUCACUGAGACCUCAUCCUGGACAGAUAGAGGUUGCCCAACGCUUCCGCUCACUGCUGGACUCUGACCACCACCCAUCUGAGAUCGCAGAGAGCCACAGGUUCUGUGACAGAGUUCAGGAUGCUUACACCAUGCGGUGCUGCCCUCAGGUUCAUGGAAUUACAAACGACACCAUAAAAUUUGUCCAGAACAUCAUCAAUACAGAAAUCAACAGCGCCACAGACAACCCUAUGGUGUUUGCAGAACGAGGCGAGACCAUUUCAGGUGGGAAUUUCCACGGUGAAUACCCAUCAAAGGCUCUAGACUUUUUAGCCAUUGCAGUCCAUGAGCUGGCCUCCAUCAGUGAGAGGAGGAUCGAGAGGUUAUGUAACCCCUCCCUGAGUGAACUGCCAGCCUUCCUCGUCAAUGAGGGCGGCCUCAACUCAGGAUUCAUGAUUGCCCACUGUACGGCCGCCUCUUUAGUUUCAGAAAAUAAAGUUUUGUGUCACCCUUCCUCCGUGGACUCCUUGUCCACCAGUGCUGCCACAGAGGACCAUGUGUCCAUGGGAGGCUGGGCGGCUCGGAAAGCCCUGAGAGUUGUAGAGCAUGUGGAGCAAGUUCUUGCUAUAGAGCUGCUGGUGGCCUGUCAGGGUAUCGAGUUCCUCCGCCCUCUUCGUACUACCACCCCUCUGGAGAAGGUCUAUGACCUCGUGCGCAGUGUAGUCAAACCGUGGAUCAAAGACAGAUUCAUGUCUCCAGACAUCGAAGCUGUUCACCGUCUCAUCCUCGACCAGAAGGUGUGGAAUGUGGCCAAACCUUACAUCGACAAGUAUCAGACAGAAUACUUCCCAGAGUCCCGUCCUGUUUCUCCCACUGCCUUCUCCCUGGAGCCUCCAUCGUCUCCGAGGAAACGUCUCCGGCACGAGUGAAGAACAACUCUCUAUUUAUUCACUACAACAGUUUUCACCCAGAAUUUUUUUAAAACCUUUGAUGAAUAAAAGAUUGAUGUGAACAUGUAAUAUUAUUUUGCCUCAUUGAUUUUUGACAAUAAAACAUUUGAUAAUACCUUUAAAAAGGAGCAAAUAUUUAUAAAGUAAUUGUUGGAUGUUUAUAUGCAUACUUACAAAAUUCCCUAAACGUGUACUGUUCUACAGAGACUUUAAAAUGAACCCAGUUAUUUUGUUGUGCAAACAUUAGAUUUUCUGCUACGAUUAAAUCCCACCCUUUAUUGUAAUUUAUCUCUUAGAUGAAGUUUUUACACAUUCAGCAGUCUCUGAGAAGUGUGAAGAUGUUUAUUGUGCCUUUAAACUCAAAUGUAAUUUAUUUAAAUUUGAAAUAAUGUCUAAAUUUAUUUUGACAAUAAAAAACA